UGUGUGUGUGUGUGUGUAUACAUUCAAUUAAAACUAAAUGAUGGACAUGUUCAGACGUAACUGGAAAAAUGUAAAGACGCUGCAGUUUGCCUGUUUCUACAUGUGUGUAUGUUUAAAAUAUUGGGGCAGCAGCAGAAACAUUAAGCGUAAGACAUUGUACAUUACCUGUGUGUUUGUGUGUGUGUGUGUGUGUUUGCAUUCAUAUGAGGCAGGUCCACGAGCUGUGUGUGUGUGUCGUGUGUGACUGACCAUUGUAAGACUGAACGGCCUGACGCUCAAAUUGAACCUUGACCCUUGUGACCUUUCAUGCGGCGUUAAGCUAUUUACUGCGAGUGUGUAUGUGUUUGUUGGGGGAGGGGUGCGUGUUGUGUGUUAAAAUGUGUGUGCUCAGCAGUCGGAGGCCUGAAGCCAGUCCCCCCCGCCUCCCCCUUGCCUCUGAUUGAUUUUAAAGGUUCCUUUUUCAAGGGGUCAAAGGUCACAUUACUGGAACAAGAGUGGAUUACAAAUGUCACUUUUCCUCCACUGGUCCCAUCCCAUGUCUAUUUAUACUGAACUGUGUGUAUGUUGGAGUGUGUUGACAUGGGUCUGCUGAAAUUGUCACCGUGUGUGUGUGUGUGUGUGUGUGUGUGUGUGUGUGUGUGUGUGUGUGUGUGUGUUUGUGUGUGUGUUGGACCCUGUCUAUACAGUGGGAGGGGUUAUGUUGUCUAAUCUAUGCUGGUUGGUGCCCCCCCUCCCCCCCGGCUGCUGCUGUAACUAUAUAAGCCCUCUGCAGCCUUGCAAUCUUUUUCUUCAUUCUUGUGUUAGCUGAGACAACAGAUCCAAGAUGCCUCAGUUUGAGAAGACCACGGUACACAUGAGAGACCCUGAAAGGGUGGAGCAGAUCAUAUGUGGGCUCAUCAAGGGAGGAGCUUCCAAACUACAGAUCAUCACAGACUUCGACAUGACGUUAAGCAAGUUCGCCAUCAACGGCAAACGCUGUCCAACGUGUCACAAUAUCAUUGAUAACUGUAAGCUGGUAACAGAGGAGUGCAGGCACAAGCUGCUGCAGCUGAAGAAUAAAUACUAUCCCAUCGAGAUCGACCCUAACCUCACCAUGGAGGAGAAGUACCCGUUCAUGGUGGAGUGGUAUUUCAAGUCCCACACGCUGCUUGUGGAGCAGCGGCUAGAGAAAGACAAACUGCCAGAGGUGGUGAGAGAGUCUGACGCUGCACUCAGGGAAGGCUAUGAGCAGUUCUUUGACCGCCUGCAGCAGCACAACGUGCCUGUCUUUAUCUUCUCCGCCGGCCUGGGCGACGUCCUGGAAGAAAUCAUCCGCCAGGCCGGAGUCUACCACCCCAACGUCAAGGUCGUCUCCAACUUCAUGGAGUUCGAUGAUAAUGGGAUUCUGAAGGGUUUCAAAGGCGAGCUGAUCCACGUGUACAACAAACACGACGGUGCCCUGCGGAACACGGAGUACUUCAAACAGGUGAAGGAAUACUGCAACAUCAUCCUAAUGGGCGACUCGCUGGGGGACCUCAGCAUGGCGGACGGCGCGCCCAAUGUGGAGAACAUCCUCAAGAUCGGCUUCCUCAACGACAAGGUGGAAGAGCGACUGGACAAAUAUCUGGACUCUUAUGACAUCGUCCUGGUGAAGGACGAGACUCUGGAAGUGCCCAAUGCCAUCCUCCAGAAGGUUCUAUAACUGCACCCCCAAGUUCAACCCCCCCAACCCACCCACCUCCCUACCUACCACCCAGUCCACCCUUCUCCUCCCAUCCCUUCUAGUCUCUGGCCUGUCAGGCUUUUAACACCGACCUAAACCUUUGUCGCCAGUCGAGACUUGUCACUAUUUAGCCCCUGCACUGGCCCUGGAUCCCACCAGAGUCAUCUUCUGAACCCCCCACCCCCCUUUACCCUAUAAAAGCCUUUUAAAAAGACAUUUUACAUCUCCUGAAUGAACUGUUUUAAAAGUCUACGCAGCAGCAUCAGCCUGUCUCUAGUGUGUUUUGUCUGUUUCAGUCGAUUCUGAUGUUCUGAGUUAUUGUAUUAUAAAAGAAUAACCAAAAGUGAGUUUAUGGAAAGACACAAACGUUCACUCCAUCUUUAUAAUUUGCACAUUAUUGUUACUAUUGUUAUUCAUAGAAUUAUUUUUUUGUAUGGUAAUAUAUACAUACCAUAAAACCAGGUUCACAUAGAGAGACAUAGUGUUUUUCUUUGGAGAUAUCCCAGCAUGCCUGUCACCUCGAUUUCUUUAGACGGCGUGCUGGAAGUCGUGGGAAUAGCUCAAUACAAAGAGGAACUUGGAAAAUGUAAUUCCCAGUGAAAAUUAAAAUGGUGACAGCAGCAAUAUAAUGACCUCCGACACAGUAUUCGUUUAGUGAAAGAAAGGAUUCAGAUCAUCAGAGACAACACACUUUAAAUUCUGUGCGUGACCGAAACAGAUCGGCUGAGCACAUGCGACAGUAAUAUUGAUUUGUGGAUGUUCUUGCACAGAAAAGCAAUGUUUACAUGAGCUGUUUAACCCCACGUGCUCAUAUGUUGUCAUAUCAAUGCACAGAAGAAGCUCUUUAUUCUAUAGUUGAACCUUUUAUAGCAAAUGCCUUUUUUUUAUUUUUAUUUGUGAGUGUUCUCUGCGAAGCUGACUCACUAUCAAGUGUUCUCAGUGCCAGUGUUGAAGGUUGAAAAGGCAUCAAGUUAAGCUAAGCAUGACCUCUAGUGGUCAUUAGAAGGAACUACAACAGUAAAAAAUAAAUUAAAAAAAAAGAAAAAAAGCCCCUUAAACCAAAGUAACAGGUAGAUUCCUGCAAAAUUACAGUAUAUAUAAAGUAUAUAAAGUGUAGUGACGUUUGUUUCAGUAGACACAAAGAAACACACUGCUGUCUGUGGCUCAGUAAAACCCAUGACCUUUUUAAUUUGAUCACCUUUUCAUCCUGUGGUUAAAACUGAGCACUACCUCUAAAAUAUUCAUCAUCUUUCUUUCUUUCUUUCUUUUUUUUUUUUUAAUGUUUGUUUUUUUUUUUUUUGUUUUUGUUUUUUUUGGAGGUUCAAAACUGUCUCGUCAUGUUGCGUUGAAUGUUCUCUUUGACUUGGUAUUUUUUAAAUGUGCUGCUAUCACCUGCAUGUUGCCUUUUCUUAUUCAGUUUAUGUCAAAGAGAUGGUACACUUAAAAAAAAAAAAAAAUAUAUAUAUAUAUAUAUAUCAGUAAAACAGGGAAUAAUGUCAUACUGUAUAUGUGGGCAUCAUAUAGAAAUGUAUAUUGUUUCAUGGUAUUUGGAGAUACAGACCGGUGUGUUGUAUUUUUAUAAGCGGAUGGCCCUCUCUUUUCUUUGAUGGUGUGAACUGAAAAUGCAAUAAAAUGCCAUUUUGUGAGCCAUGACUGGAUCACAGACUGGACAGACGUGUGGA